CCCCGUCCGAUCCCCUCCCUCUCCAACACCGCUCGCCCGCGCCGCCUGUCACCGCGCGCUCCGCACUGCAUCGCUCGCCCGCGCGUUCCGCCCUACACGGCGGCACCGCUCUCUCCCUCAGCCCCACAACCUAGGUCGUCUUCUCCACCUACGUUUUGGGUCGCCGGAGGCCGCCGGGGUCCGGAUCCACCCACUCCCUCGCCGGAUCUACGCCUCCCUUGGCCGGAUCUGCCUCGACGCAGUGUUCCUCCGUCUAGGCGACAUGGAGCCGCACUCCCCUUUCCGGCGGCGCUGGUGCGGCCUCCAUCCCAUCGUCGGCAGCCCCGUAGCUCAGUGCCGCGCGGAGCGUCUGGCGGCCCGCCGUCCCGUCGCACAGACGUGGCGUCCUCCUGUAUCGAGCUGCGGUGCGGUCGCGCGGAGCGAUAGCUCGCCGGUCUUCCCGUCAUCCACGACUUCUACAGCUUCUCCAAGCCCAUGUACCAGUGCGUGCGGCGCCUCCCCCACACCAUCCUCCUCGGCGCGCGCCCUGAGUAUCGCACAGCACAAUUUGGGUCAACGACGCGCAGAGCGGCACCUGUGCUGUCCCCAUUGCGUGGUGCCAUGCCGUCCGACCUGUCCCCACUGUGCGGGAUGCUGCCGCGACCACCCAAGACGUUGUGUCCAACCUCACAGCCAUCCCUGCGGGCUUGGAGUGCCACCCAGCUCGCCUCGAGUCACCGCUGUUCGAAGCGCGGCCCAGCUGUGCACGGAGUAGAAGGAUAUGGACUCUAUUGCUGAAAGAAUGAUGCAACAACUUUUGUCCAAGGAAAUUCUUCAUAAGCCUAUGAAAGACAUUGUGCAAAAAUAUCGAAAAUGGCUGGAGGGUAAGAAAGAUGAAAUAAGUAAUUAAGAAUAU